AUGGCUAAAAAACUUAUUUCAUGUACCUCUCCAUUGGCUCUGUACAAUUUAUUUUCUGCUUUAGCUUGGGGUAGUAUUUUGUUCUAUGUUGUCUUUGUUUACAACUUUGUUGGACAACCAGACUUUUUCAUCAAAUCCAAUAAGUUAGUUAUAUUUGUUCAAUGUGGUGCCAUCAUUGAAAUUUUUAAUUCGUUAUUUGGUAUAGUGCGUUCUCCCUUAUUCACUACUGUUGCACAAGUUGCUUCUCGUUUACUAGUGGUUAUUGGUGUUUUCUACUUAUUACCUGAAACGCCAGCAUGUCAUGAUUUUGUUUAUGUCACUUUAUUAUUCGCAUGGUCAUUAACUGAAACCGUUAGAUACCUUUUCUAUUUCUAUCAAUUGACCACUGAGAAAGGUGCUCCAACGUUCCUACUCCUAUUAAGAUACAAUUUAUUUAUUGUUUUAUACCCAUUGGGCGUCACUAGUGAACUAGUCAUCAUUUACUCCUCAUUGGCUGUUGCUGAAAGGCUGUAUUCGACCACUUAUAAAUACACUUUGAUUUUCUCAAUGUUGACUUAUAUGCCAGGUUUACCAAUGCUGUUUACUCACAUGGUUGUACAAAGAUCUAAAAUAAUGCAAGCAUACUACGAGGAGCAAGAAGCAAGCAGUAAGAAGAAGGAAUAA